CUCCUCUAUCACAGACACACACACAUUCACGCGCGCGCGCGCUUGCACACGUAUUCACACCACAUCCAUACACACGCAUGCACGUGCAAACUUCCACAGUCGCACACACACCAGCGGCCAGUCCAGGUCUGAAACCCGUCAAAAGCCCCGCUGGAUCCUCACAUCGCCUGUCAGCAUGCGGAGCGCUUGUUUUUCCCGGGACGUUUGUUUGUUUAUCCUCCUCAUAAAUACUUGCAGGGUGAUGGGGAAUGUCGGACUCGCAGAUGCAGACGAGUGUGCAGAAGGUUCAGAUGACUGCCACAUCGACGCCCUCUGCCAGAACACGCCCAACUCUUACAACUGCAUCUGCAAGCCGGGCUACACUGGAGACGGGAAGCAGUGUGAGGACGUGGAUGAAUGUACAAAUGACUACAAUGGGGGCUGUGUCCAUGAAUGCAUCAACAUACCUGGGAACUACAGGUGCACCUGCUACGAUGGAUUCAUGCUGGCCCACGAUGGACACAACUGUUUAGAUGUGGACGAGUGUCUGGACAACAACGGAGGAUGCCAGCAGGUGUGUGUGAACACAAUGGGAAGCUACGAGUGUCAGUGUACAGAUGGCUUCUUCCUGAGCGACAACCAGCACACCUGCAUCCACCGCUCUGAUGAUGGAAUGAACUGCAUGAACAAAGACCAUGGCUGUGCUCACAUCUGCAGGGAAGCGCCCUUCAAAAGUGGGGUGUCAUGCGAGUGCCGGCCUGGUUUUGAGUUGGCCAAAAACCAGAAAGACUGCACAUUGACUUGUAACUAUGGAAAUGGAGGGUGCCAGCACACAUGUGAAGAUACGGACACAGGGCCGGUUUGUGGCUGCCACCAAAAGUACGCCCUGCAUUCAGACAGCAAGACCUGCAUCGAGAAAGAUGAGGCUGCAAUUGAGAGCUCUGAGUUCAAUGCCACGUCAGUAGCUGAUGUGGACAAGCGGGUGAAACGGCGGCUACAUAUGGAGAGCUGCGCUGUAAACAACGGUGGCUGCGACCGGACCUGUAAGGACACAGCUACAGGGGUCCGCUGCAGCUGCCCUGUGGGAUUCACCCUGCAGCCUGAUGGCAAAACCUGCAAAGAUAUCGACGAAUGCGAGGAGAACAAUGGAGGCUGUGAUCACUUUUGCCGAAACACGGUGGGUUCCUUCGAGUGCAGCUGCCAGAAAGGAUACAAACUUCUCACUGAUGAACGGACAUGCAAAGACAUCGAUGAGUGCUCCUUUGAGAGGACCUGCGACCACACCUGCAUCAACUACCCCGGCAGCUUUGAGUGCCUGUGCAACAAGGGCUACAUCCUCUACGGCCUCACACACUGUGGAGACGUCGAUGAGUGCAGCAUCAACAACGGCAGCUGCGAGUACAGCUGCAUAAACACACAGGGCAGCUUUGAGUGUGUGUGUCCGCCGGGACAGAAGCUCCACUGGAACAAGAAGGACUGCAUCGAGGCUGUGAAGUGUCUACCCAAUGGAAAGCCUGCUCCGCGAGCCCAGCUAGUCUGCACUAAGAGCGGAGGUGCAGAGGUCUGCUCGCUCUCCUGUCCCUCCAACGCUCUCUUCCUCGCAGACUCAGAGAACUACACAUUAAGCUGCGGAGUUCCCAUCCAGCCUGAUCCGCUGGCCCCGCCCAUUAAGCAGAAGGCCAAGUUUAAGAUUAAAGACGCCAAGUGUCACCUGAGCCCACGCAGCAAGGAGAAAUACAAGGACUCCUCCAGGCAGAACAUUCAAGGAGGGCAGUUCCCCUGCACCGAUGACUGCCAGGUAACGUUCGUCAACCUCAAGUGUGACUCAUCAAAGAAGCGGCGCAGAGGACGCAAGUCCCCGUCCAAAGAGGUUUCCCUCAUCACAGCGGAGUUUGAGAUGGAGAUGAAGGAGGAGGAAGCCUCAGACUCGUGUAACAUCGACUGUGUGCGGGAAAAGAUGAGGCAGAAGCUCCAGGUUGCCAUGCGGGCACUGAGGAAGUCCAUUAACAAGCAGCAGUUCUACAUCCAGUUCUCUGGAACCGAGUAUGAAGUGGCCCAGAAACCGUCCAGGAUCCCAGAGGGAGCCGAUACCUGCAGCACUGGUCAGGUCUUCCAGGACGGGAAGUGUGUAAGUUGUGGUGCAGGGACAUUUUACAGUGGUGAGCAGGAGCAGUGUGUUCAGUGUCCUCCUGGAACGUACCAGGACAUGGAGGGACAGCUGUCCUGUGAGCCAUGUCCCAGCACUGAAGGACAGGGCAUCGCCGGUGCCAAGAACGUGUCUCAGUGUGGAGGUCAGUGUCCCGCCGGACAGUUUUCCACUGACGGCUUCCGGCCCUGCCAGCUCUGUCCUCUGGGCUCCUACCAGCCAGAACCAGGUCGGGUUCUGUGCUUCCCAUGUGGAGGAGGCCUCAUGACCAAAUACGAAGCUUCUGUCACCUUCAGGGACUGUGAGGCCAAAGUACACUGCGCUCCUGGACACUAUUACAACUCCAGUACCCACCGUUGCAUCCGCUGCCCAGCGGGGACAUACCAGUCCGAGUUUGGCCAGAACUACUGCAUCAACUGUCCUGGGAACACCACGACCGACUUUGACGGUGCCACCAAUGUGUCUCACUGCAAAAACCAGAUGUGCGGAGGGGAACUGGGAGAUUAUACCGGCUACAUCGAGUCUCCCAACUACCCUGGAGAUUACCCAUCAAAUGUGGACUGUGUCUGGACCAUAAUCCCACCGCACAAAAGACGAAUCCUCAUAGUGGUGCCAGAGAUCUUCCUUCCCAUUGAAGAUGAGUGUGGAGACGUGCUGGUCAUGAGAAAGAGUGCUGUGCCCACUUCCAUCACAACCUACGAGACGUGUCAGACGUAUGAGCGACCCAUAGCCUUUACCUCUCGCUCUCGCAGACUUUGGAUCCAGUUUAAGUCAAAUGAGGGGAACAGUGGCAAAGGCUUCCAAGUUCCAUAUGUCACGUAUGACGAGGACUACCAGCAGCUGAUAGAAGACAUAGUGCGAGAUGGUAGACUUUAUGCAUCUGAGAACCACCAGGAAAUACUCAAGGACAAGAAGUUAAUAAAAGCCCUGUUUGACGUACUUGCCCACCCCCAGAAUUACUUUAAGUACACGAGUGCAGAGUCCAAAGAGAUGUUCCCUCGCUCCUUCAUCAAGCUGCUGCGGUCCAAAGUGACCAGGUUCCUGCGACCAUACAGCUAGACUGAAAAUCUUCUUGCACUUUCUUGUUAGACCCUUGUGAUCCUGCAUCAUUCCAGACCUUCCGACCUACAUGUAACACUGAAUCCCUGAUCAUCUUCUGCCCGCAUUCAGGAUUUCGCCCAAUUUGUGGUGAAAAAUCCAGAUUUUCUGUACCUGUCCUCAAUCUCUGUUGUCACAUGAUGCCUUUCAACGUCUUGAAUACAGAACUGUAAACCCCACCCUUUAUAGGAACUGUACACUUAAACAUCCAAAGUUUGACAAGUAUAGGUUUUUGGAGGCCAGUAAUUAUUGUGUUGUAGAAAUUUGCAUUAGUAUUUAAUUUUGUAAUAUAUUUGUUCCUUAUAUUUCAGCAAAAAGAGUUAUAACCCUGAAUACACCAAUGUAAAAACAUCUAUAGUUUUAAUUAAUGCCCUACAGAUGGAAAGCACAGUGCUAAUGAUGCUAAAUGUUGUGAUAGUGUACUCAAUAGCUGAUCUUAGUAAGAUCAUUUUACUAUGUCUAAAAGUAUCUUUAUUCCACAAAUGCUGAUAAACAUAAACAGUUGAUUAAUUUAUACGCUUAUUUUGAGCUGAUAGUGUGAUCAAGCUAGCUUGUUAGCUAGUUUGCUGGCUAGUUAGUUUAGCUAGCUCGCUAGCUAACUAGCUAAAAAUGAUUGUCCAAUAGAAACAACCCUUACAGCAAUUUACUCCAUAUACUAGCCUACAUAAACUGGAGACAAAAGGAAAUUGGUGGCCAAGAAUUUUGUAAAGUAGGUGUUGAUUUACACUGGUAUAACUAUUAUAUUAUACUUCAUCAUUUCAAACUGCCAUGUCUCAUCCACAUUGGUGAGAAUGCGUUUAUUUUAGGGGGAAAAAAAGAUUUUACUAAAGGCAGUUCUUUGAAAAAGUAUUCACAUCCCCUGCCCUUCAUUUUAGUAUGUCAGGAUUUUAUGUAAAAAUCUAACACAGAGAAGCACAUAAUUCUGAAGUGCAAGCAAAAGAAUCAAUGGUCCCAAAUGUGUAAAAUAUAACCUGUAGCAUAGUUUGGAUCAUAAAUAUGUUUUUAUGACCACUUUUAGGUUUCUGCAAAUAAUGAUAGUUUCAUCCAUUGCAGUCAUGCUAGCUAUUUCUUCCAUAUCCAGUGUUUAUGCUAUGGAAGGUGUUCUUUGGCUUUGGCUGAUGGCUAAAGAUGUCGCAUUGAAAGGAUGUGCAGUUGUGAAGUCACUGAGAAGGGAUAGCUUGGAUUUUUGAAAUGACAUUCUGUGAGAAAAGUAACGGCUUUCCUGGAGUAGACAGAUGUCAGAUUGCAAUGAGUUGGUGGAAAACGAAAGAAAAACAUUUACAAAUGCUAAAUGCUUGCAAGAAAGAAUACGUGUCUCCCUUUAAUUCUGCAAAAUCAGAUCUGUUUGAUCAGCGUCAGGGAGAUGCUGAUCAUCUCCCUGCACUGAAGCAGCUUACAUACAUUUAGUUCAGUCAUUAUGCAUGCAUUUAAGGCAAAACCUGCUCAUAUUUACAUAUAUUUCUCUAAUUUGCAACCAGAGCAAACUGUUUGGUACAAUUGAAUACUGAAAUAUCUGCUCUUUUUAUUUUUAUUAAGGUAGAAACUCGCAAGUCAUAUUUACGCACAUGCCUUUCUUAUUCUCACAUUUAUAGUUGCAAUACAUUUGUAGUAUAUUUGCAUGGAUUACAUAUAAAAUAUUACCAUCAUCAAAUGAAUCAAUUAAAGGAAUGCAUAAUUCUUUUUUUUUUCUUUUCCUAUAACGUCUUGAUGUGAAAAACACCACUGUGACAUUGUUCCUUCAGUCAAAUGUUGCUAAAGUUAUGUCUUGUCAGGUCACAACCCAGAGUUCUCCUUUAAUUGAAAUGAUAAAAUAGUCAACUUUUCCCUUUUAUCCCUUCUGCAUCCGUUGUACUUGAGGCUUGAGAGAUGACAAUUGCCUGCUGAUAAGAUAAAAAAGGAUAAUUUCUUCAGUCAGUUUCAUGUAUUUAGUACAAACUGCUUUGUGAAUCCAGUUAGUCUAUAUAAAUCACGGCAAGUAAUGGAGAUUGAGUUUCUUUGUGAAUUCUCUCUUUUCUAGAAGACUUCCAGUUCUGGAACACCUGUGAAGCAACAGCUCAAAUUGAAACUAUUCAUUUAAACAUUGCAGAAGCCAAUACAUUUCCAAAAAGGCCAUUGUUCUUUUUAUUGUCUGGUUUGUUGCUGUUCAGCCAGACUACUUCUAUCCAAGUACUCUAAAGUUUAAGUAAGUUGUUUCGGACUGAUGCUGUGUUAGUUUGCUUCAUUAGCUGCUAUUUAUCCGUCUGUUCUACAUCCAUUUACUUCUGGGAGAGGGGCCCAAGUCUAACUAGCUGAGCUAAAAGGUAAUCAUGGAUAAGUGGUUAUUACCUACUGUGUCGUAGUUGUGCUUAGCAUCAAAUUGUGUCUGUAUUAUUUGGAUAUUACAGAGUGAAUUUGCAGAUCCCUUUAAAUCUUGCGUUUAUUUCUAAUAAUUUAAAAUCCUUUAUAUUUUUCUCCAUUUCUCAAUGGAUUUUCUCCAAAACAAAUUUAAACAUUUUAGAUCUCACAUCGGUGCUGAAACAGUUCAGUCCUGUAUUCUUCCAGGUGUUGUAGUUUUGAGGUAAUUAUUACUCUUGCUAACAUAUGAUCAGCUGAUUUGGUGGACUGAUGCAGUCUGAUCCUAUGUAACUCCAGUUACAUAGAUUGUUAGACCUAACAAAGAAAGAGUGAAAGGUUAAUCUCCACCAAUAUGGCGUUGCACUCAAUGAGAUAUGAAUAUUUUUAAACAGCUUAAACAUGGGCUCCAUCUGGCUGGCUAUUAGUCUUACUUAAUUCCCUUUUUUUCAAACUCACUGCAAUAUGACAUAUUCUUAUUACUGUAACUAUCAUGGAUAAGAAUAAUAAUAUUUGCAAUACCUUCAAAAAGAUCCAAGCUAUCCCUUUAAGCAUUGUCACAGUCUCUUUGAAAUAUGUAAUUAAGCUUUCAUUAUACAGUCUGUUUUAUUAUAGAGUGGUUCUAAUAGAAUAAUAUUAAUACUGGACUAAUAGUAAUAACGACAGGCUUGUAUUAGCUAGCCAAUAUCAGUUGCUACUGUGUCCAUUAAUCUUUAUUUUCUUACAUUUUUCCCCUCUACCUCCCAAUUCCUCCACGUUCGUUUAGUAUUAGCAAUGCUUUGCUCUGUCUUCUGUUAUGUUGUCAUGUUGCUACCGAACAUUGGGAUAUGUCUGAGCAAUGCACGGACAUAUCCAGUCAUAGUCAUGAUGUGCCAUUAUGAACUGACCCACAAAGAGAGUGCACAGGUGUAUUCCUACAGCAUUCAUUACUUUGCUGGGCUGAUGAGCAGAUAUGUGCGCUUAAAGUACUUAAAUGUGACAAAUGAAUUAAUUACAUCCCAACAAUUCCACCUUAGCCUGUGCUUCAUCCAUCUUAGCACAUGAACAGAUAACACAGAUUUGUUUUUCUUUUUAUGAAAAAAAAAUAUAACAAGAGAUAAACUACCUAGAAGCGACAAAGUGUUACUUUAGAGAGAAAUGUAUGUGAUUUAACUAAUAUUUGGAACAUUAAUUGCACUUGAAUUUUCUACUUUGACAUGUUGGGGAGAAAAAAACAGUAAUUUUUUGUUUUUUGUGUUAGCUUUUUUGUGUUGUUUUCAAGUGUACCACAUAUGGUGGUGAUAAGUACGAUAGCUGUGUUUCUUGUUAUGCUAGCUCCCUUGUCUUUAGCACCUGAAUACUUGCUAGCUAACACAGCUUCCACUCAGCCACAGACUAUACAUUUGUAGGAAAAACUAAAUACUUGUUGAAACACCAUUAGUUGCAAUCGUGAUUAGAUGUUGUCUUCGGUAUUGUUUAAUUAAUCUGUCGUACCAUUGUGGGGAGAAUUGUGUCAUUACAAACAUGGUCAAUUUUCAUAAAUGAUUGAGGAAAAAAAUGCUCGCCCACACGGUCGGAUCCAGCACAACAGAAGACGCUAUAGUACCUUUGCCGGGCCAGUGGGUGGUGAUGUAACAAUGUCACAGAACGAUGCAAAGAACACCAAACAACACCGAACGGCACCAUGUUGUGUCCAAACCUGUUGACAUUGUGGCCAAAUGUGUCAAGUUGAAAGUACUAAGGGGCCACAAAAAUGUUCAAGGUUAUUUUUAUUUUUUAUUAAAAGUGUUAAAAAAAAGGUUUUGCUUCAUUUUACCUGAGCUCAACGAUAAGCUAAACAUUUUAAUAUUUGAAUGAAUCAAGUAAAGCUGUCUGACUUAGCCAGAAAAGGAAUCUGUAAAUUAUUGUAUAUCUGCAAAAACGGUUUCACAGAACUUGCCUGGUCAAAAAACAAUAACGGUAUACAAUAUCCCAAAAUGUUCAGGUUGAUUAUCUUUGUCUAAUUUUGUUAGUGUGUACGUAUGUGUAUGCAUGUGUGUAUUUUCAGCAACAACAACAGAAUACAUAUUGAUAUGUCUCGGUGCUCCCAGGUCUACUUUUUGAUUAAAGCCACUGGAUGUUUAAAGUCCCAUAUCCCGUCAAACUGAAUUAAAACAAAACACCUGGUUGAUGAAAAAGUCAUUCUUUGAGUUGAAUCUUGCUCUUUUCUAAAGACUUUAAUAUGUCUGUAUAUUUUUUGAAAGGCCUCGUGUUGGUGUAAAUUGGCACCUAACAUUUUCCUAACCAUGUAUCUGCAUCAACCACCUGGGCUGGCAAACUAAACUCACAGCAUUCUUGGAUUCUGGUCCAGGGCGUCACUAAAUCAUCCUGAGGACCACAAACGAGGAGGCUUUGCUGUUUCACAGCCUGAAUGACUCGCUGUAAUGAAUCAAUGAAAUCUGGUCUAUUGACUGAAAUAGUUUUGGAAACAAGAAAAAAAAUUAGCAGAAAAUUGUAAGCUGAUAAUUACCUUUUAACUCCAAAGUAAAUAAUACUGUGUGGAUGUAAUUUUACAUUUUUAUCCUUUUCGACAAACUGACUGGAAAAUUGGCAAAAAUCAGGGAACUUUACUUCAGGUUCCUCACAUUUCUUCAUCUUUUAUGUUGGCUGAGGAAUUGGAUGAUGAGGUGCUUUAGCAAAGUGUUAGCUUAAAAAUGUUCACACCUAUGCAACUAGGCCAGAGGAGUUUUUAUAUGUCAUAUUUUAUCAUCAUUUUAUCAUAUUUUGGUCCCAACAGAUUUGCUUGUUUUUCCAGCUGAAGUCCAGAGGUUUAUUUCCUCACUAAAUUCAACCAUACUGACACUAUCCCGUCUGUAAACAUGGCAAACUGAGUGGAAAUGCCUCGUGGUUCUUGCCUCUCCCACGCGGUAAUAUUAAGAGUCACGCAGUAAUCGCCAAAGGUCAAAUAGCCUUCCCAGUCCCAGUCCUUUACAUGGACCUUUGAGUCGGAGUUUCCGGAGACAAUUGUGGCUUGUACUUAAUAGGACUGGAAGACAAACUUAUCAGGGGUGUAACAAUGCUAGCAUCACUGCUGGGCACAUACCAUGGUUUCUGGGCUGUGGUUUGGUGUGUGCUUGGUAAAAACAGGAAAAAGAAAGAAGCCAAAUGUUAGGUUUGUUUUAAUUUAUUUUAAAGGGGUAAUAAAAUCCCCCACAAAAACAAACAGCAAAACAAGAUGGUUUUUUUUAUGUCGAGGUCCCUGAGUCAUGAGCACAGAAUGCAGAUGUUGGCUUGUUUUAAAUCACAAUGUACAAUUACAAAACAAACUGUUUUGCUUAUUGAUUUAAUUUAUUCGAUGUCAUCAUUCACAGCUUCUUCUGUUCUCUGAUUGGCCCGGUUGAAAUUCUGCCACAGAAAUCCAUCUCUAUGGGACAAAUCCCAGGCAGAGUCCUGGCGGGAGAUGAGAACUGAGUAGAACUGCGCAGGAAGAUGAUGGCCAGAACAGAUCAAUAGAAGUAAAAUAAACCUAAUUAUUGUUUUGAAGAGAGUGCGCUAAAUGUUGCUUGUGUUUGAUUGAGGCUCUUAGUCAUUUUAAAUUGUUAAUGCAGCUUCAAAUCUGCAGUUGGAAAAUGAAAAACUUACUUCAGACUGCUUACAGACUCCAUAAAACACAAUUUGUGAUGUUAUUUUUAAUAUUUUUGUCUCUUCUUUUUAAGUCAAAAAAAUAAGAUGUCUUUAGUGUUUUUGUGAAGCAGAGUAGGAAAGGCGCUGGAGUUAACAUGUGACUCACAGCUUCAGUGAAGAGAAAUUAUGAAUUUUGAAGGAAUUUGAAUUGCAUUUAACUGUCCAUGCUUUAAAAUCUGAAGUUAUUGUACUAAUCAAAGCUCAACAGGACAGUUCUAAUCCAAACACAGAUCUAAUAAAACACUAUCAACGUUUUGCUCUGUUUGUGAAAUGACAAAAAGCAGGAUUCUACUUUUUCUUUUGGCAUUGGGAGGGAAGCCAAACGUAGACUUGACUCGUUGACCGUGUGUCACGUCUUGUGAGCUGAAUGUAUUGUUACACCCUGAGUUCCAACCCUACAAGGGUUAUAUUCACGAAUGUAGUGAAUAUUUUGGGGGGAAUGAAGAUAAACAACCCAGUGUGUGUAUGCUCUGUUGCUCUUGUUACUCUGGUUACUUUCUCAAAGCCGUGGCCUCCACCCGCUCGUUUCAGUCCAGGUUUCACAACCAAAUACCUUGAUUGACUGUUUGGCACAUACCGCCCAACCAGAAUUCCUGCAUUUGUCCACAAAAAAAACCCAUUUUAAUUAAUGAUUAUCUGAAUUUGAGUUCAGAACCCACACACACACGCACAAAAAGGAAUGAUGGACUUUUAAGACUCUGUCAGUUGUUACAGAGCGUACUAAAGCAAAGCUGAUGACUAGAAGGUAGGAAAUUAAUCUGAAAGCUUGGGCUUUGCAAAACACUUUGUGGUCAUGGGAAACUGUUAAAGUUAAUCGUCUGAAACAUUCAGAACCACAACUAUGGUUCCACACGGGAACUGAGUGUGAACUUUCUGGUCUUAGUUUUGGCUUAAAAUCCAAAAUAUGGAAUUUUGGGGAAAAAAAACAAAAAAACAUAUAUAUAUACCAAAUCCAAAGUAAUUUUUCUAUCACUGGCUGAUAAUUUCUCCGUUAGGUAAUGUAACUUAUAAAUGUAAUGAGACAGUCAGUGCUUGGCAUAAGUUCCUGCUCCAGGUCUUGGUAACAAAGCAGCCGCAAACCGAUAGUCAUCUUUCUGUUGUAAGGAUGAGCACUGUUUCAUGGAAAGUGGUGAAAAAAAAGGUAUCAAGAAAUGUCAAAAAUAACUCAAUAAAUUGGAGAAUGUAUCCCACCCUGGAUGGGCGUGUGCAUGUUGUAUGGAUGAGAGUCGUAGAAGUCUAUGUGCAGUGUGUGUGUUGACAGAGUGGUGUUUCUGUGAAAAGAGAAAAACAGUCCAUGUCUACUUUAGUCCCUUUUUGUAUAAGAAUAAUUUGAACUUUGUGUUAGUUGGUUGUACCCAAAGAGAGAAACUGUAACACAGUGUUGUGGCCGUUGUUUGCUCCGUGAAACUCCAGUACUGAACAAGUUCAAUAAACAGUAGCAGAAUAAACAG